AUGGUAAGCUUAACUAAAAGAGUGGUCUUGUUAUCUUUGCUUUGCUUCAAUGUGCUUGUAGUGAAUGUUGUUGCUAGAAAUGUGGUGAGUACGAAAAAGAACGACGAUGAGAAGUUCCUAACUAUCCAAAAGGCUGGUGGCUUUGGUGCCAGAGGUGGGGGUGGUUUUGGAGGUGGGGCUGGUGGAGGUGCUGGAGGAGGUUUUGGUGGUGGUGCUGGGGGCGGUUUUGGUGGAGGAGCUGGUGGUGGUGCCGGCGGAGGGUUUGGUGGUGGAAUUGGGAAAGGAGGUGGUUUUGGUGGUGGGAUUGGUAAGGGUGGUGGACUUGGUGGUGGCAUUGGAAAAGGUGGUGGACUUGGUGGAGGAAUUGGCAAGGGCGGAGGCCUUGGUGGUGGAAUUGGCAAAGGAGGAGGAGUUGGGGGUGGAAUUGGAAAGUGCUAUUAA